ACAUCCUAUUCACUCCAUUCCAUCAUAUCAUUCUCAAUAUCCUACGAACUCUCGAUCGGUUCGGAUUAAGGAAUUCUUUCUCUUUUUGUGUUUUUUUUUUUUGUUCCUCUCUUCUUCAAGUUUCUUUCUUAUCCACAUUCAUCUGUGCAAUAUAUCGUCAAGAACAAAAAAAGAUGGAGAAAAUGGAGCUUCUCUCCGAGAAAGUCACGUGCAACUCACACGGACAAGAUUCCUCAUACUUCCUGGGUUGGGAGGAGUACGAGAAGAAUCCAUACGAUGAGGUCAAGAAUCCCAAUGGAAUGAUCCAAAUGGGUCUUGCAGAGAAUCAGCUGUCUUUUGAUCAGCUGGAAACGUGGUUGGCUCAGAACCCAGACGCAGCGGCGAUGAGGAAAGACGGAGAAUCCAUUUUCAGACAGCUUGCGCUGUUUCAAGAUUACCACGGCCUUCCUUCUUUCAAGAAUGCCUUGGUUCAAUUCAUGUCAGAAAUCCGUGGAAACAAAGUCACCUUUGACUCCAACAAGCUAGUCCUCACCGCCGGCGCAACUUCCGCUAACGAGACUCUCAUGUUUUGCCUCGCCGACCGCGGCGACGCUUUCCUCCUUCCCACUCCAUACUAUCCUGGAUUUGACAGAGAUCUGAAAUGGAGGACCGGAGCUGAGAUUGUGCCAAUACAGUGCUGGAGUUCAAACGGGUUCAGGAUCACAGAAUCCGCCAUUGAAGAGGCUUACCAAGAAGCACAAAAGCGAAACCUUAAAGUGAAAGGGGUGUUAGUAACGAACCCGUCGAAUCCUCUGGGAACAACGUUAACCCGACAGGAGCUGAAUCUCCUCCUCACCUUCAUCGACGAGAAGCGCAUCCAUCUCAUCAGCGACGAGAUCUACUCCGGCACCGUCUUCGACUCGCCGGGAUUCGUCAGCGCGAUGGAAGUCCUCACGGAGAGAGGCUACGCCAAAACCGACGACGUUUGGAACCGCGUCCACAUCGUCUACAGCCUCUCCAAAGACCUCGGACUCCCGGGGUUCCGGGUCGGCGCCAUUUACUCCAACGACCAAACGGUGGUCGCCGCCGCCACCAAGAUGUCGAGCUUCGGGCUGGUCUCGUCGCAGACGCAGUACCUCCUCUCCGCCAUGCUUUCCGACAAAAAGUUCACGAAAAAAUACGUCGCGAAAAACCAGAAGAGACUCAAGAAACGGCACGACAUGUUGGUUAACGGCCUCGGGGGCGCCGGGAUAAGGUGCCUGGAAAGCAAUGCCGGAUUGUUCUGCUGGGUAGACAUGAGACAUCUUCUAAGCUCCAACACUUUCGAAGCAGAAAUGGAGCUAUGGAAGAAAAUAGUGUACCAAGUGGGUCUAAACAUCUCGCCCGGUUCGUCGUGCCACUGCACCGAACCGGGGUGGUUCAGGGCAUGCUUCGCCAACAUGUCGGAAGACACUCUAAAUCUGGCAAUGCAACGCAUCAAGGCAUUCGUCGUCAAAUCGAAUUCCGGCGACCAUGGAAUCCUCCAUAGCCCCAAACAUCAUUCGACCAAGAACUCAAAGAGGAAAGGGUUUUCAAAGUGGGUUUUUCGGCUGUCGUUCAACGACCGUCAAAGAGAACGAUAGAUCACUAAGUUUCAACCAAUUUUUUUUUUUUACUCAAGACUUAGGUGUUGAUUUUUACAUAGUACUUAGGUGUUGAGUUACGUAAGAUACCAUUUUUUGGUUGUCUGUGUAGAGAAAGCAUGCACUCGGUCCAUGUUGUGAGGACGAGAAGUGUCCAGCUUUUACCGCAUCUGUAAACUUCCCAGUCCUCUGUUAAAAGGUCAAAAGAGUCAAGACAAAUAAGAAUAUUAUUUAUGUAAUCUUGAUUCUUGAUUGUAUUUAUUACUUUACAUCAUAAAUGUUUUAUUGAAACAAAGUUGUAUUGAG